AUAUUGUACACAAAUUCCGUGCUUCUUCAUUUUAAAGGACGUCGUUUUCUGACUAACCCAUCAAUUUUCAAAAAGAGAUAUUUAAAUGUUGCAAUCUACAGACGAUUUGAAAUCUGAAGCAACUGAAGCACAAAAUGCAAGUACGCAAAGAAAAAAGCCAACCUGUAUUAUUGUGCUUGGAAUGGCUGGUUCUGGCAAAACAACAUUUGUACAAAGAAUUGUUUCUACCUUGUAUAAUAUUAAAAAACCAUAUGUAAUUAAUUUAGAUCCAGCUUGUAAGGAAGUUCCUUAUCCUGCUAAUAUAGAUAUAAGAGAUACUGUUAAUUAUAGAGAAGUGAUGAAACAAUAUAGUUUAGGUCCAAAUGGUGGUAUAGUUACGACAUUGAAUCUAUUUUCUACAAAAUUUGAUCAAGUCAUAGAUCUUAUUGAUAAGGCAGGUCAAGAACACGAGUAUGUAAUUUUGGAUACUCCAGGACAAAUAGAAGUAUUUACUUGGUCUGCAAGUGGUAGGAUUAUAACAGAAGCACUGGCAUCUCAAUUUCCAACUAUUGUUGUAUAUGUAUUGGAUACAGUGCGUAGUGUUAAUCCUGUUACAUUUAUGUCAAAUAUGCUAUAUGCAUGUUCCAUAUUAUAUAAAACAAAAUUACCAUUUAUUGUUGCUAUGAAUAAGAUUGAUAUCGUUGAUCAUAGUUACGCUGUAGAUUGGAUGCAGGAUUUUGAAGCUUUCCAGGAAGCUCUUGAUUCAGAAACUAGUUAUAUCAGUAAUUUAACAAGGAGUAUGUCUCUUACUCUGGAUGAAUUUUAUUGUCAUUUACGUAAUUGUGGAGUUUCAGCUGCCACUGGAGCAGGUAUCACUAAAUUCUUUGAACUUGUGGAAGAUGCAGUUAAGGAAUAUGAAAGUGAAUACAAACAAAGUUGGCAGAAGUUGAAACAGCAGCGAGAUAUUGAAAGAAAAAAGGUUGAAAAGGAACAGCUGGAAAAUGCUACAAAAAGUACCACAGGGGAGACUGUACCUUUUGUAACAACUGUAAGUAGUGGUAGAGAAAUUUCAGAUAUAUAUUUAAAACAUGCUGGUAAUGAAUCAAGCGAGGAUGAAGAUGGAACAGAAAAUACGUACGAAGAAGAUAUCGAAGAAAAGAAACAAGCUGAAUCUUUCAAAAGCUUUUUACAGAGGCAUCAACAGGAACAAAAUAAACGAGUUACAAGUCAACAAUCACAAUCCAGUACUAGUGAAAACACAUAAUUUAUAUUCUGCAUACGAAUAUAAUUUAUUAUUUUUUUUGUAUUUCGAACUUCAAAAUAUUUCUUUCAAAUAAACAUUGUUUUUUAUUUUA